AUGACAGCCGGCACAGCGGCCGCCGUGAGCAACAAGCCGAAAACCAGCGUCUGCAAAUCUAUCGGGAGGAUCAGGUUUUUAAGUUUAAAUAUUACAACCCCAAAGACGAAAUUUCGGUGUGGGCCUUCAAGAGGAAAGUGCUCGGAGAAGAGAGUCGUCAUCACACCAAGACUAACUCACAAAGCAGAGCCAUCUUGUGUCGUUAAGAGCACCCUGAAAGCACUGGAGAACUUGAUGCUGGAUCCGAGGCUAGAUUGUUUUCAGCAGAACAUGCUCACUUCCAAGGUGAUCAUUGGUGAUCCAUCUGUAGAUCUUAACAUACAGGAAAGCGGCAGGAUUAUAAGGAAACAAAUAGGAGGUGCUCAGAGUCUGCGGUCUGUUGGGAAAGUUGGGUUGAAGAGUAAGCCUUCGAGUAUCAAAGACAAGAUUUCAGAAUGGGAAGGGAAAAAGGAGAGCCCUUCUCCUGUAUCCACCUGGAAGGAAGAAGAACAAGGGGUUAAAGAGGAGCUCAGUACGUUUUUGGGUGUGGUGGAGAAGAUAACCAGGGACAGUGUGACAAUGAGACAAGUGGACUCAAAGAGGGUUAUAAAGUGGCAGGUGGCAAGUAAAGAGAACGAGAGAAGAGCGGGAACUCCCAAAAGUUCUGGGCAGCCUAUUGAGAAAAAAGCCGACAUGAAGUUAAGGGCAGAGGAGCCAAAUUCCAAUGCUGGGAAAGGCAGUGAGUUGAAGGAUAUCCAGAAGGAGAACUUGUCUGUACUGAGUCAGGUCAAGAAGCUGGAGCGGGCCUUGAAAGGAGGGUCCGCAGAGCUACAACCUCAGUUACCAGGUACUUAUUACUCUCCACAUUGUCUGCCAGAGAAAGCCAAUGAGGGGCAGAGCCCCUCUGAGGGCUGGGAAACUCCUAGCAGACUGGAACUAGGGAAGCAUCUCGUCGGCUUGGACUCUGAAACCAGCGAGCCGAUCUUUGGGACUCUGGAAGAGGUGAAAACGUCUCGGGUGAAAUGCAAACCGGGCAGUGAGGAAAAUGUAUACACGGAGCCAGGACUGCCAGAGAAGAAACCUUUUAUCAAUCCUCUCCCUAAGCCCCAGCGGACUUUCAAGCAUGAGGGCGAAGAGGGAUGGCUUCCUCCAGUUAGGAAUAAGAGAAAUUUGCCCCCUCUACCCUCUGUUCCUCCCCCUCCUCUCCCUUCUUCACCUCCCCCUUCGGCCGUCAGCAGAAGACUGAGGAAUGGAAAGCAUAAGACAAAUGCUGAUCACAGGAAGUCUUAUGAGUUCGAAGACCUGUUGCAGUCGUCCUCUGAAAACGGACGGGUGGAUUGGUACGCUCAGACUAAGCUGGCCCUAACGCGCACUUUAUCGGAGGAAAACGUCUAUGAAGAUAUUCUAGAUCCUCCAGCAAAGGAGAACCCCUAUGAAGAUAUUGAGACAAACAGUCGAUGCUUGGGGAAGAAAUGUGUUCUGAACUUUCCAGCAUCUCCUUCCUCGUCUGUCCCUGGCACACCCACAAAGCUGCUCUCGAAGCCCAUCUUCUUUCGCCAAAACUCUGAACGGCGUAGCUUCAAGUUAUUGGACGUUCGGAAACUGAAUCGUGACGGGACGGGUUCACCUUCCAAAAUCAGUCCCCCCUCCACUCCCAGCAGCCCUGAUGAUACUUUCUUCUCCUUGGGUGAUCCUCAAAAUGGCAAGAGAAGGCGGAAGAUUCCUAAGCUGGUGUUAAAAAUCAAUGCCAUUUAUGAAGCACGAAGAGGGAAGAAACGAGUCAAGAGGCUGUCACAGUCUACUGAGAACAGCUCAGGAAGAGUCACAGAUGAAAACAGUGAAUCGGAUAGUGACACCGAAGAGAAACUGAAAGCUCACAGCCAGCGCUUGGUCCAUGUGAAGUCUCGCUUGAAACAAGCCCCCAGGUACCAAACCUUGGAGCGGGAUCUGAUCGAGUACCAAGAGAGGCAGCUCUUUGAAUACUUUGUGGUGGUGUCGUUGCACAAGAAGCAGGCUUGCGCUCCGUACGUCCCUGAAGUCACACAGCAGUUUCCUUUAAAGCUUGAACGUUCCUUCAAAUUCAUGAGGGAGGCAGAGGACCAGUUGAAAGCCAUUCCUCAGUUCUGCUUCCCUGAUGCAAAAGACUGGGCUCCCGUCUGCCAAUUUACCAGGCAAACUUACUCUUUUGUCCUGACUAGUGAAGACGGCAGCAGAAGAUUCGGGUACUGCAGAAGGCUACUGCCCAGUGGGAAAGGGAAGCGUCUCCCUGAAGUUUACUGCAUCGUGAGCCGCCUUGGGUGCUUCAACCUCUUUUCUAAGAUCUUAGAUGAAGUGGAGAAAAGGCGGGGGAUUUCCCCCGCCUUGGUGCAGCCCCUCAUGAGGAGUGUCAUGGAGGCUCCUUUUCCUGCUCUGGGCCGAACAAUCACUGUCAAGAACUUCCUGCCUGGCUCAGGGACAGAAGUAAUAGAGUUACGUCGGCCACUUGACUCGAGGCUGGAGCACGUCGACUUCGACUCUUUGUUCUCCUCGCUCAGCAUUCGGCACUUAAGCCGAGUCUUCUCUUCCCUGCUGCUGGAGAGAAGGGUGAUAUUUAUAGCAGACAAACUCAGCACCUUGUCGAAAUGUUGCCAUGCCAUGGUAGCGCUCCUCUACCCGUUUACCUGGCAGCACACCUACAUCCCUCUGCUUCCCCCGUCAAUGAUCGACAUUGUGUGCUCCCCGACCCCGUUUCUGAUCGGCCUGCUCUCCAGUUCGCUGCCACGCCUCAAGGAACUGCCGGUGGAAGAGGUCCUGGUGGUCGACCUUGUUAAUAAUCGCUUCCUAAGACAGAUGGAAGAUGAGGACUCCAUCUUGCCUCGGAAGUUGCAAGGAGCUCUAGAACACAUCCUGGAGCAGAGGAAUGAGCUGGCGAGCGACCAGGAGGAGGGCCCACUCAACGGCAAGCAGGAUUCCAGUCCCUUGAACGAAGUGGUGUCCGAGGCGUUCGUCCGCUUCUUUGUCGAGAUUGUGGGGCACUACUCCCUGUUCAUGACGACCACGGAGAAGGAAGAAAGGGUCCUGCAACGGGAGGCCUUCAGGAAGUCGGUCUCUUCCAAGAGCCUUCGGCGCUUCCUCGAAGUCUUCAUGGAAACCCAGAUGUUCGGGGGCUUCAUUCAGGAACGAGAGUUGCGGAAACAGGGAGUCAAAGGUUUAUUUGAACUACGUGCCCAGGAGUACCUGGAAACCCUUCCCAGCGGAGAGCAGAGUGGGGUGAAUAAAUUCCUGAAAGGGUUAGGUAACAGAAUGAAAUUCCUCCACAAGAAGUAAGAAUGAAGAGUGCCGCUGUUGCUGGCGAGAAGGAAUGUCUACAGUUUAGUGAACAAAA